UUUUCGUAAUUGAAGCUGUUCUAUUUUACUUGGGCCCAAAGUUUUACUACGGUCAACAUUUUUAUUUAGAGUCAAAGCUUUUCAAAGGUAAAGAUUUUAUGGUUUAAAUUUUAAAGUUAAAAAAAAAAAAAGCAUAUUGAGCGUGCGACGAGUCGUUGUUGGGCUGGCCCCACAAGGAUUAUCCACAAACGAAACGGAAGUCGUUAAACCGACCCUCAACCCUUUCAAGGACAAAAAACCAAAAGGAAAUUAGAAAAAAGCAAAACAAAACCCAACGCGAAGAGCUCUCUCUCUCUCUCUCUCUCUCUCUCUCAAAUUUCUCUGAACCAAACCCUAGCAGCCUGGCUGUUCGUAUUGAUUAUCAGCCUACUACACAGACGUCCUAGUGCUUGAAAACCAUCACCAGUUUCACAAAUUUCAAGGGGUUUCUCUCUGAAAGAUUUGGGUUUUCUCGGUUUUGGCGUGUCAGAAGCUCUCGGAAUUCGUGAAUUUUCCUCGGUGCUAUAUACGUACGGCCAACCAAUCGGCGAUUUUGGAGCAAUUGUACCAUCCAUUCGCUCAUCAGAAUCGGUUCCUCAGCCUAGGGUUUUCUGAUUCUCUCAGGCUAUUUGUAAGGAUCGGUGCGAAGACAAGCGCAGAGGGCUUUUUCUAAUUUCACUGAGAUCUGUGAAAUUUGAUUCGAAUUGCGACGAUCGGCGGAGGAUUGAAUCUGUGGUGGCUCUCGGAACCUAAUUUGAUUCGAAGCAUCUGUUCAAUGAUCGGUUUUUGAAGGAAUUGAAUCGAACCGAAGAGAGGAGAUUGGCGUAUGGUCCGCGAAGAAGCUUCUGAAGAGCUCUGUCUCCCUGUUCUUCUGCGGUGGUUUGAUUGUUCGAUCUCAAUAGAUUAAUCGAAGAAAAAAGAAAACGAAAAGAUCUUCAAUUUUUUUGUACUGUUUGAUUUUUGUUUUUGGGAGUUUAAUACAAGGCCUUUAUAUUUUUAUUGGCCUUUGAUUAUCGUUCUCCUCGGGGCGUUUGUUUGUUCUUGUUGUGGUAUUAUUAUACAUAUUUCUAUUUUUUUGGAAGAAAAAAAAAGUAUUGACCAUGGCGGUGUAUUAUAAAUUUAAGAGUGCAAGAGAUUAUGAUUCAAUUGCUAUGGACGGUCCUUUCAUCUCAGUUGGUAUUUUGAAAGAAAAAAUAUUUGAAUCCAAGCACUUAGGGAGGGGUACUGAUUUCGACCUUGUGGUCACCAACGCCCAGACCAAUGAAGAGUAUCUUGAUGAAGCAAUGUUGAUUCCAAAAAAUACGUCAGUUUUAAUUCGACGCGUACCUGGACGGCCUCGCAUGCCAAUUGUUACUGAUUCAGAGCCAAAGGUGGAAGAUAAGGUGGAAUAUACUGAACCAGAAAGGACUAGCUUUCUGACAGCUGAUUCAUCUGCCAUGAAAUAUCCUGAUGAGUCAGAUUGGGAUGAUCUUGGAGGUGAUUUGUAUGAAAUUCCUGAAGUCUUGCCAGUGCAGACAAGUUAUCAGGCUCCGGAUGUUCAGCCAACAAAUAAAGCCGAUGAAGAUAGCAAGAUUAAGGCUUUAAUCGACACUCCAGCCUUGGACUGGCAACAGCAAGGUCCUGAUGGCUUUGGUCCUGGUAGAGGUUUUGGCAGGGGUAUGGGUGGAAGAAUGAUGGGUGGACGUGGUUUUGGUCGAGGAGGAGGGGGGUUGGAGAGGAAAACACCUCCACAGGGCUAUAUUUGUCACAGGUGUAAGGUUCCUGGGCAUUUUAUUCAGCACUGCCCUACAAAUGGUGAUCCAACUUUUGACAUAAAAAGAGUGAAGCCACCCACUGGCAUUCCCAAGUCCAUGCUGAUGGCAACCCCAGAUGGCUCAUAUGCAUUGCCAAGUGGUGCAGUAGCUGUUUUGAGGCCAAAUGAGGCUGCUUUCGAGAGAGAGAUUGAAGGUUUACCAUCUACACGGUCUGUUGGUGAUCUACCCCCUGAGCUACACUGCCCGUUGUGCAAGGAAGUAAUGAAAGAUGCUGUGUUAACGAGCAAGUGUUGCUUUAAGAGCUUUUGUGAUAAGUGUAUCCGGAACUACAUUAUGUCCAAGUCAGUGUGUGUCUGUGGGGCUACAAAUACACUGGCAGACGAUCUACUGCCAAAUAAGACACUCAGGGAUACAAUCAAUCGAAUCUUGGAAUCUGGGGGUAACAGUAGUGCUGAUAAUGCUGGGAGUACUUUCCAAGUUCAAGAUAUGGAGUCUGCACGCUGUCCACAACCCAAGAUUCCUUCUCCAACUCAAUCUGCUGCAUCAAGGGGAGAAGAACUACAGCUAUCUUUGAAUAAAGAAACCCCGAAGAUACAGGAAACCGCAGAUGAGGUAAAGCCUGUUGUUGCCCCACAGCAGAUUUUAGAGAAAGUGAGGAAUACAAAAGUGGCUGAUGUAUCUGAAGCUACACAUGAGUCAAUGAGUAUGAAGGAACCAGCAUCGCAAGGGAGUGCUCCACUUGUUGAGGAGGAAGUGCAACAAAGGCUGGCUUCUGGGGAGGCAGGAAAGAAAAGGAAAAAGAAGAAAGUUCGCAUGCCUGCGAAUGACAUGCAAUGGAGAACCUCGCAAGAUCUUGCAGCUGAUAACUAUAUGAUGCCUAUGGGCCCCGGUGCUUAUAAUCCAUACUGGAAUGGCAUGCAACCUGGCAUGGGUAUGGAAGGAUAUAUGGCACCAUAUGGUGGUCCUAUGCCAUAUAUGGGUUAUGGACUAGGCCCAUUGGACAUGCCAUUUGGGGGUUUUGGUCCACAGGACUCAUUCGGUGCUCAAGGUUAUAUGAUGCCCAUGGUUCCGCCUCAGAGGGAUUUGGCUGACUUUGGCAUGGGCAUGAAUGGCAUGAAUGGCAUGAAUGGAAUGAAUGGCAUGAAUGGCAUGAAUGGAAUGAAUGGCAUGAAUGGCAUGAAUGGCAUGAAUGGCAUGAAUGGCAUGAAUGGCAUGAAUGGCAUGAAUGUUGGACCCCCUGUCAUGAGCAGAGAGGAAUUUGAGGCUCGAAAAGCUGAUUUGAGGCGAAAGCGUGAAAAUGAGAGACGAGGCCAAACUAGGGAAUUCUCCAAAGAUCGGGAAUACGGGAGGGAGGUGAGCAGCGGUGGCGGCGAUGGUGCUUCUAUGAAAUCCAAAUCUAAGUCAAUUGCUCGAUCACCAAGUCCCGACUACAGCAACAGCCACCAGCAUCGUCACAGACGCGAGAGGUCAUCUCCAGAACGAAGGCCCUCACGUGACCCACGUGACCUGGAGCCACAGCCACCGCGUCCUCCCAAGAGAAAAUCAGACCACCACGACAGAGAUCGCGAACGCGCCCAAGACCGAGAUCGAGGUCGAGACUAUGACGAUUACCACGACCACCAUGAGGAUGAUCAGCAGCAGCGCCAGAAACGACAUCGUUCUGAUUCGUCUUCUGCAAAACCACCACCUUCCACUGAAACAACAACAGCAUCGGCCAAACCUGCCUCCUCCUCUUCUACGGCAUCAGCUGCAGCAGCUGCCGCAGCGGCGGCGGCGGCGGAGCGCAAGCACAAGGCAAGCGUGUUUUCUCGCAUAAGCUUUCCGGAGGGGGAAGUGAGCAAGAAGCGGGCUCGCGCUGCUUCUCCGUCGGCGACGGAGGAUAACAAGCCGUCGUCGGCGCAUCAUCACAAGGAGUCGUCUUCAUCGUUGGCAAAUGGAUCGGUGUACGACGAGUAUAAAACGACGUCGUCGUCGACUGCCAAGGCUGGGAGUGGCGGAAAUGGAAGUAGAAAGGCUAUGGUUAGCGCUGCUGCUUCUAUGGAGUAUGAGUCGAGCGACGACGACAGGCACUUCAAGAGGAAGCCGUCGAGGUACGAGGCGUCGCCGCCGCAGAAGGCGGAGCAGGAAGAGCCCAGGCACUCCAGAGGCAGCACCAGGGAUCAUCGGGAUCGCAGGCAUAGAUAGGGAGAGAGAGAUCAGAUAAGAGUAGAUCAGAAGAAGAGAUCAAACAGUGGGCCUAAUUGGCAAUUUGCUGUUUUUGUGUUUUGCUCACUCUCUCUCUCUCUCUCUCUCUCUCUCUCUCUCUCUCUCUCUCUCUCUCUUUUUUAUUGGGCCUUGGAGGUGAUUGAAUCACUGUAUAUGUAAGAGGCCCAUGGGCCACGGGAGCAAUUGCUUGCUUGUUCCUGCUUGAAAUUUGAUAUUUGAUAAUUUUGUUUAACCUCUUCUGUCAUGAAAUACUAAAUUACAAAAUAUGAAUAAGAGACUUCUCUCUUCGAGUUCAAGGCUGCUUGCUUUUUA